CAAUUGCGAGUUACCGCCCUUGAUCCGAAGAGCAUUAUAGAGAUAUAUCGAUCGGAGGACUUACCUGGCUCGGCUGAACGUAACUUUAGCUGUUGACGGUGUGGUGUUAGUAUUGAUGCCCAAACCGACAAGGGGAUUACCAGCAGCGGCAGGUGACGCUCGGUCCGCCCCUUCCCCACGGGACGAUGUCUGACAACCAGCGCCACGACCCCUCCCCGUCCCUCUCGGGGGUGGGGAACCUUUCAACUAAGGGCCCAGAGGAUACUUGGGAGCAGAUCCAGCACAAGACAUUCUCCAACUGGGUGAACGAACAACUGACCACCAGUGGACGAACUGUGGACAAUUUAGCCACCGAUUUUUGUGAUGGUGUUAAACUCGUGGCCCUAAUCGAAGCCUUACAGUUUAGAAAGAUUGGUCGUGUUUAUACCAAACCCAGAAGCAAAAUUCAGAUGUUACAGAAUGUUCAGCUAGCGUUUGAAGCCAUUGCAGAGGAUCAAAUCCGACUCGUGAAUAUAGGAAACGAGGACGUUGUCAAUGGUAACCUGAAGCUGGUGUUGGGCUUGCUAUGGCAUCUGAUCCUGAGGUACCAGAUCAGCUCCAGCAAGUCCAAGGCCCCUCCCAAGAAAUUGAUGAUGGCGUGGUUCAAGUCCGUCCUCACCGACAUCAACAUCGGCAACUUCACCACAGACUGGAGUGACGGCAUUGCAUUACAUGCCCUUAUUGAAUACUGCAAGCCAGGGACCUGCCCGGACUGGAGAAGUCUACGUCCCCAAAAUAAGGUGGAGAACUGUCGACAGGCGAUGCAGCUGGCAAAACAGCACCUGAAUGUCCCCAAGGUGAUCAGUCCUGAAGACUUCGCCAGCAACGCUCUGGACGAACUGUCAGCCAUGACUUACCUCUCCUACUUUCUGAAGAAGGACUCGCCAGGGUACUACGCCACACUCAACUGGGUGUGUCGCCAGCUCCGUACCACCGCCAUCAGCAACCUCUCGACGGACUGGAAUGAUGGGUUCUACCUUUGCUCCAUCGUCCACUCGUUGGGAGGUGAGGUGUCCGGCUGGCCAAACGUGGACAGGAACGACCAUGUAGGCAGCUGCCAGAAAGGAAUCGACGCAGCGAAGGCCUUGGGGGUGGAGCCACUGUUGACCGCGGCUGAGAUGGCUGACCCCAGCGUGGACCAGCUGGCUCUCAUGGCCUACAUCAGCAAGUUUCAGAGGAUCACACCACGCAAGGCCAAGGCCGAGAAACUCGUCAUGAACUGUACGCUGUCCAGAAUCAAGGAGGGCACCCGGGCAUCGUUUUCGCUCGAGAUUGUAGACGUUGAUGUGGCACAAGCGAAAACAAAAGUUGAUAUCCGGGGUUCCAGUACUCAGCCUCGUUGUGACAUGAAGUGGAAGGACAAGGUCGUGGACUGUUCCUUCGUCCCUACUGAGACUGGGGAACACCAGAUACAUGUGUACUACGAUGGGGAAGAGAUUCUGGGAAGUCCCAUGUCGUUCAAGGCGACGCCUGACGCCUCCAGAGUCAACAUCAAGACGUCAGCGGGCGAGUGCAGGAUCGGGGAUGCGUACAAGGUCUUGGUUGACCUUGCCGGCGUGACGGGUGGCGAGUGUAUGAUGGAACUGACUGCGCCGUCCGGAGACGUUAGGACUGUAGGCUGCAACAUGGAACAUAAAGACAUGGUCGGCUCCUUCCACCCAACAGAACCUGGAGACUGGAAGGUCACCGUCAGGUUUGAGGGUCAAGAGGUCCAAGGAAGUCCAGUAACGGUCCGGGCAUAUGAUACGGACAAGGCUUGGAUGUCCGGCCCUCAGCAGGGGUUUGUUGGUGAAAGAUCCAUCUUCAGUGUGAAUUGGAAAGCGGCCGGAAGUGACGACAUAAGUGUGAAUGUUACCGGACCCAACUCUGACGUCGUUAGAGACGUGGACGUUGUGAACAAUAGCGGCGUCAAGGAAAUACGCUUUGCACCUCAAGAGACAGGACGACACACGGUCCGCGUGAAGCUGAAGAACAAGCAGAUCAGGGGGUCACCGUGUCAGAUGGAGGUGUUCGACCCCAACUCCAUCACCGUCAUGGGGGACGGACUGUCAGGGGGCGUGAAGGCGGAAGAGGCACACUUCGUUGUUGACUCUCGGGGCACAGGCGUCGACAUCACCGUCCACAUCGAAUCUAAGAACGGGACUAAGAUAGACUAUCAGAGGUACAAGCUGCCCAGCGGGGCCACCGAGUACAGCUACAUCCCCCAUCUUGCCGGUGCCUACAGGAUCGACGUCAUGUGGGGCGACAGACACGUCAGCGGUAGCCCGUUCUUUCCUGGAUUCACUGACCGUUCUGGUGUGACCUUGCUGGAUGACCUUGAGGACCGCAAGGACGAACAAGACCGUAUUGCCCUAGAAUUCAACAAGGUCACGACCUUGGAUUUCGAUACCAGUAAUGCGGGACCAGGGCGUAUGACGUGUGAGAUACUCGGACCUCUGGGGAAGAUACCUGUCCACGUGAACCAGAAACAAGAGGAAGCCACCGUAUCUUUUACAGCGAAACAUGAAGGUGACCACUACAUCCACAUCUACUGGUCUGACGUGCCGCUAGAGUGGUCUCCCCUGCUAGCCUACUGUCCGGGACCCAUCCUGCCGGUCGACGUCACCAAGGUGCACAUCGUGGGCCACGGGGCGGUAUCGGCGAGGGCCACUGUCCAGGCGGAGUUUGUCGUGGAUGGGAAGAAGGCCGGACCUGGUGUGUGCAGGGUGCGAAUGCAGGGUGUCCGUGACAAUCUAUCGGUGGACAUGACGCCCAUCAAGUAUGACCGCUACAGGUGUACUUACACAUCGCCAAUCCCAGGCGGCUUCCUGCUGUACGUUUAUUGGUCAGAUGACCUGGUGCCCGGAUGUCCUUUCAAGAUCACAGUGACCCCGAAAGGUGACGUCAGCAAGGUCAAGGUUACCGGCGAGGGCUUGCGGGGAGGAAUAGCAGGACAAGUACUGACGUUUCUGGUCAACACAAAGGAAGCCGGCCCCGGGGAGAUAACUGCCACUUGUACAGGGAUACGUCAGAGUUUGAACUGUGAUGUUAUGGAUGACGGUGGACUGUCUACACUGAGGCUGACGCCUGUUGAGGCCGAGAAACAUCUGCUUCAGAUCCGCUACGAUGGAGAGACAGUUCCAGGUAGUCCGUUUGUGCUCCGUAUUGGUGAGCCCCCCGACCCAGACAAGGUGAAGGUUUUCGGACCAGGGUUGGACGACGGGCUGAUUCAGACCUACGAGAGCAAAUUCCUGGUGGACACUCACGGGGCUGGCGCCGGUCAGCUGGCCGUCAAGAUCAAAGGCCCAAGAGGUGGUUUCAAGGUCGACAUGAGGCGGGAAGGUCAAAAUGACCGUAACAUUCUGUGUCGGUAUGACCCAACAGAACAAGGUCAAUACAUCAUCAGCGUCCGCUGGUCUGGUGUCCAUGUACCUGGAAGUCCAUUCGAGGUCAACAUAUUUGAGUCACAUGAUUCCUUCCGAGACUUUUUACAACAGCGAGGCAGAGAUUUGGAAAAUCACGACGAUCUUGAGUGGCGGGAGGACAUAUGAUUUCAGCUUCAGACUUGGCUUUCUGCCAAAUUGUCCAUGAUUUACACGUAUUGACGUUUCCAAGACCGAUGUCAUCAGUAUCACGUGAACAGGUAGUUCGUGUCUGGUACACAUGCCAAAUUAUACGCAAAUGAAUCUUAUAUAUCUGAACAUGAAGUAAGUUGAAAAUAUUCUCGACAUGAAGUACGCUUUGCUCUAAACUCUACAGCUCGUGAAACAGAAAUACUCUAACGGAAGCUGAUUCGAAGCGUCAAUUUCAGCUUGAGUUACAUGGCACGAUAUCAUAAUUUUGCUGUAUUCGAUUUUGUGAUUUUGUUAUCUCUAAGCUUAAACGUUGUACAGUGUUUGGAUAAACAAAAAGACAUGGCGUCAGUUCUUUCGUUCUGCUAAACAGCUGAAAAUCCAACAUCGUCCCUGCGUCGUCGUCUGUACUAUAACUGUUGCCAUUAUAACCAUCAAAUUCAAUAACCAAGUGCAAUGUUCAUGUGAUGUUCACCAAUCAUCAAUGUAAACUUGUUAUAUUCACAGUUUGAUUGCUUUAAUUCCAUUGAGCUGCUGAGCUGUACCGAGGCCAUGAAUGACCAAAGUCUGUAGAUGCAUGUGGAACAAUUUAGUUCUGUCAGUGUUACUAUUAACGUGGUAUUGUCCCCUGUCAGAGCAAUCUGGCAGGUACCUCUGUGUCGGGAUUUAACCUGUCUCUGCUGAAUGCGUCGCUCUGUGUUUGUUCAUUGUAAAUCCUAAGUGUUUAUUCCGUGUUUAACUGUACAGCUGUACAGCCCCACUGCUAUGUCGAUGUACUAGUACCGUCCAAGCUCUGAGGUUGACUGGCUGUAGUCGGUAUGUUCCACUUCCGUAGAGCCUGAUGGUGGAUUUACCUGGUUUGUUUGUGUGAUGUUCUGUUUAUAUUAUAGGGGAGACAAUAUGCAUCGGAAAUAUGUAUCCGAAGUACGAGUAGGAAUAACUCUCAUUAUUACAAAUAUGGGAAUAUUGAAGACAUUUCCAAUUCUUCUUCAAAACCAAAGAACCCAUUAAGUAUAGAGUUUCCGUCCUUUCGGUUGAGACUGUGUAUCCCCUGGGUCCCCAUGUUAGUCGUAUCGAUAACAGGUACUGUAGGCCAUCUGCCUGGUGCGUACAUGUGUAUAGCAUAAUAUAUAACCUGGGCCUGUUUGACUAUAUAUAAUUUAACCCACCCACAAGACUUUGAUUUUGACGGGUAUCCAUUGUUUGCCAAUAAUCUACUUCCAAACAAAGAUAAAGUGCUAUAUUUAGAAUUAUGCUUUUUAGUAAAGUGCAAAUUCUAGAACGUUUUGGUGUUCAAUUUCAUAGGAUUUGGACGCACACAUACUCGAAUCUGUUGUUGUAAUCCUAAACAUAACACGCUACAUUCCAAUACUUUCUUGAAGGCAUCGCGCAUUGACAUCUAACACAUAGUGAGGCUUCCAUUGAAAUCCCCUCGAGAACACUUUGUGUAUCACAAUCCAUCAUUUUACACAGUAUGAUAAAUGCCACGUGGCUGUAUACAGUACACGCUGAGUUUAUUUAUGCCAGUAGGUUAUUAGUCAGGGACAUCAUCUUCCUCUGUGCAGCUCACUGUUAACUGUCUCUAUGCCGGUAGUGAUUCACCGGGACGUGUCUGCCCUUCUUGGUGCUGUGAGACCAAUGUGUCUUGGCAAAAUCCAGUUAACCCAGUCAUGGGAUGCCAUUGUUAUAAUGUCUAUACACUGUAUGUUUGUCCGCCAUAUUGUCCAUCCGAUCUACAUACGUCAUCCGCAGCAGGGAACCAAGCAUGUAGUGUCUUCCCUCGCCUCCAAAUACAACCAAAUACAA